AUGAUUCGCAAACGCUAUCAGGAUGCCAAAGCAGGGUACCAAUUGGCCAAAUCGUUGAACGCCCAGAAGUACUUGAAGAAGAUAGGUCUGGGCAAGGAAGACUACUACUUCUGGAAACAAAUAGGCAAGGCUUUGCUAUGCACAUACACUCUUUUCGGCGUAGCGUGGCUCUACAACGAGAAAUCACCACUCGGCUGGUGGACGCUGAAGCCUAAGCCCAAGGAAGAGAGAGAGCUGGCGCACCUGUACGAGCGUCGACAGUUCCCCUACCCGGGCGACGAAGAAGCCAUGGAAGAGUUUGUUGCCAAGGGAGGGAUGAUCGGCACAACAAUUGGCCCGAAAGGGUUCGUUGAGACGGACAAAGAUGCGUUUAAUUAUCAGAAGGAGUUGCAGAAUAAGAAGCUGGAUCAGGAAGCUCAGAAGCUGUGGUUGAGGAUGAAGAAUGAGGUCAUUCAGGAGCUUCAAGAGAAGGGCUACGUAGGUGACGCUGAGUGA